UGCGCAGGUCCAGGGCGGCGGCUCAGGCUUUGGGUGGUCAUCAUCUGUUCCUUUCUGGUAUAGCCUAGAAUUCGGCGGAGAAACGCGGCCGAGACAUGGAAGAGAAAAUGAAGUGAAGCACCAUGAUCUUAAUGAACUAUGGAGACACCAGGUGAAGGUCCCAGCAGUGAGUCACAGGUCACCCCGGUUCUGGAGGAAGACCCCGUGGACUAUGGCUGUGAGAUGCAGCUCCUGCAGGAUGGGGCACAGUUACAGCUUCAGUUGCAGCCUGAGGAAUUCGUGGCCAUUGCAGACUAUACGGCCACUGAUGAGACACAGCUCAGCUUUUUGAGAGGAGAAAAGAUUCUCAUCCUGAGACAAACCACGGCGGACUGGUGGUGGGGUGAGCGUGCAGGCUGCUGUGGGUACAUCCCCGCGAACCACCUUGGCAAACAGCUGGAGGAUUAUGACCCUGAGGACACCUGGCAAGACGAGGAGUACUUUGACAGCUAUGGAACCCUGAAACUUCACCUGGAAAUGUUGGCUGACCAGCCUCGGACAACCAAGUACCACAGUGUCAUCCUGCAGAACAAGGAGUCCCUGAAGGACAAGGUCAUCCUGGAUGUGGGCUGCGGCACUGGCAUCAUCAGUCUCUUCUGCGCACAUCAUGCCCGGCCCAAGGCAGUGUACGCAGUGGAAGCCAGUGACAUGGCCCAACACACCGGUCAGCUGGUCCUGCAGAACGGCUUUGCCGACACGAUCACUGUGUUCCAGCAGAAGGUGGAGGACGUGGUGCUGCCCGAGAAGGUGGACGUGCUGGUGUCGGAGUGGAUGGGGACCUGCCUGUUGUUUGAGUUCAUGAUCGAGUCCAUCCUGUAUGCCCGGGACGCGUGGUUAAAGGAGGAUGGCGUUAUCUGGCCAACCACAGCCGCGCUGCAUCUGGUACCCUGCAGCGCCGAGAAAGACUAUCACAGCAAGGUGCUCUUCUGGGACAACGCGUACGAGUUCAACCUCAGUGCACUCAAGUCUUUAGCGAUCAAGGAAUUCUUUUCAAGGCCAAAGUCUAAUCAUAUCUUGAAGCCGGAAGACUGUCUAUCUGAGCCAUGCACAAUCUUGCAGUUGGACAUGAGAACUGUGCAGGUCUCUGACCUGGAGACCAUGCGUGGUGAGCUGCGAUUUGACAUCCAAAAGGCUGGGACCCUGCAUGGCUUUACAGCUUGGUUCAGUGUGCACUUCCAGAGCCUGGAGGAGGGCCAGCCUCAGCAGGUGCUGAGCACGGGCCCACUGCACCCCACCACACACUGGAAGCAGACCUUGUUUAUGAUGGAUGACCCAGUCCCAGUCCACACAGGAGAUGGUCACGGGUUCUGUUGUGUUACAAAGAAAUCCGGUAUGGAGAAGGCACAUGUCCGUCUCUCUGAGCUGGGUUGUCACGUCCGCACUCGAUCCCACGUCUCAAAGAGUUGGAGAGAAAGUCUUUCCGAUCUGGAGGUGACGGUUAGGCAGGGCGUGGGAGUCGUGGUCAUGGUAUGCAUCUCGGUGGAAGAAGAUGCACCUGACCACCUACUGUGAUGUCCACACUCACCCGUCCCAUGCUGUCCCCUUCCACCUAGCAGGUGACACCGGACCCCUCACAGCUCACCCCCCAGUGUCGUUUCUCCUGUAGGCUGUGUAUAUUGGUGUUCAUCCUGUGGUGCCCGUCGGCUGCCAGUGGUGACCGUGUUCCCAGCUGGGAGUAGUUGUAGACCCCCCCGACACACAUUUCAGCCCAUGUACCUGUGACUGUGAUGUCUGCACCUUGUGUCAGUGGUGUCCUUGAUGCCUUUGGCCAGCUGCUGCACCUAUGGAUGGUGACUCACAGAACCGUGCUCCAGUGUGAGAGAUGGCCAAGCACCCGUGUCUCCGUGCAAGGACUGGAGGUGGCAGCGUGUGCAGUGGGCUCUGCAUGGGUAGCCGCGUGUAACGUCUUAUGGGUAAAUUAUAUGUGGGACAUAGUACCUGCUCAAUAAAUAUUUUUUAAUGAACACA